GUUCAGUGUAUAAAAGAUCCGGAAAAAAUGAACUUGCACUCUCAGUCUCUCUGGGAGCCCUCCCGAGUCUAUCUCUGUGUCUUUCUUUUUCUUCAUCCUCACUCCCCCAUUCAGGUGCUGUUUGACAAGUGAUGGCGGGCUCCGUCAUGGGUGGUGCCCGAACAGGGACCUGAAUACGGGGGACCAAAGUGAAGGACACCGUGGACUGUGAGCUCAGAUAAGUAAUUCAAGGGCGGACGCUGAAGGUGCCAGGUGGCUGCCUGAAAGAUUGGUCCAUUUUGUGGGAAAUUCUCCUGCCCUCAGGAUGAUCCCGACAACUGUCCUGCUGAUAAAUAUGAUGAUGAUGCUUAAUGGGGAAGUUUAUUGGACUUAUGUACCUGAUCCACCUGUUGUGCAUCCAAUGAGCUGGAAAAGUGGAGAAGUAAUGGUAUGGGUGAACAAUACCAGGCUGUUGGAUGAGCCGGCGGCCCCUGACAAGAACAAGGCCUGAUAGGUUAAACUAUAUGGGAUCAGGAACUGGAACCCCCAUAUGUUUUUCCAAAAGCAACAAGACUGGUUGUAUAAGACUGAGUGCUCACACCCUGACAGGAAAGCAGGUAGAUCAAUGCAAAGGCAGGAUCACCGGAGUCCGUCUACAUCUACCUGUGGGUAUGGAGACCACUGGUGUAGUGCCUCAGACUUUUCCACCUUGUGGGAGGAGAGAAUGCUCCAAUAAGACUAUUCCAUGGAAGAGAUGUGCGGCGGAUGCCCCUGUGAGAUAUAAUAUUACUGGAUUUGAUACUUAUGUUUUGGAUUGGUCUGAAUCUCGGGAUCAUGCCUCUACUCCAAUGUAUAAUUCUCCCUGUCCUAGUCCCCCAUCAUUCAGUGAAAUGGUGUUUUCUGCAGGGUUAUGGUGGAGUGACAAAGGAUAUGCUCAAACAUAUAUUUGGAAAUUGGCUGCAGCUUUGGAUGAGGUUAAGGCCCAACCCGAAAAUUCUCAUCAUCCCAAAGGAAAUGUCACUGCAUGUGUUAUGUGCUCUUAUGUGUUGCUCAAAGGAAAUGUUACUAUUGUAAAGGGUAAUGAUUAUUAUAAUGUUACUUGCAUUAAUUGUCAAAUAAGAAAUUGUAUCACCCGGACAGAAAAUCAGGUGAUGGUUUUGCAGCAGCCAGCAUUUGUUAUGAUGCCAGUUAAUGUUAUGGAGGCAUGGUAUGCAGAUCAGGGAUUACAGGUGUUUGAAGAAAUUAAUAAGGCUCUAAGUAGACAAAAAAAGAGUAGUAGGGUUAAUUAUUGCUGGAGUAAUUGCACUUAUAUCCCUUAUAGCCACUGCCGUUACCACCGCCAUUGCCCUCUCUCAAUCUAUACUAAAUGCACAUUAUGUUAAUGAGCUGUCAAAAAAUGUUACUAUGGCAUUAAAAACACAGGAGGAUAUAGAUCUUAGAACAAAAGUUAGAUGCCUUAUAUUCUAUUGUUACUUAUUUCGGGAAUGAAAUACAAGGACUUAAAAUUAGAAGUAGGCUGAAAUGUCAUGCUGAUUAUCAAUGGAUUUGUGUUACUAGUAAAAUAUAUAAUGAUACAGGUUAUGAGUGGGAUAGGAUUAGGAAACAUCUGCAAGGGGUCUGGCACAGUGCGAAUGUGUCCUUGGAUUUAAUACAGCUUCAUAAGGAAAUUAUGGAUCUCCAAAAUGUAUAGCUCCUAAAAUUUGAUGCAGCCCAGGCUGCACAGGAUUUUAUUGAACAAAUUAGAAAAGUUCUGCCAUCUGCAUCUUCAUUUACAUGGCUACUCAUUUCUGUAGUAAUCAUUGGAGGAGGGUUACUUCUUGGAUGCAUGAUCCUUCCAGUGCUACUGCGGGUGUUUGUGCAUUCUUUAAUGAGGACGGCUGGAAGUAUCCAUGGUCUACAAUUAUAUGCUGCACCGCCUAGGCCCAUGGUGUAAUCCCCUGCAGAGGCUGGUAGUCAAUGACGGGUAAGAGAAGUACAGGAAAUCACCAACCUAAGACAGAGAAAGAGUACUGUGACACUCUUGACUCCAUGACGGGUAAGGGAUUUCUUUGUAUUCCUCGCCUAAGACAUGCACAGUCUAUCUGCAUGAUCAAGGGAACUUGACAUAUAAAAAAGGGGGAGAUGUGGAAGGCAGUGUUAGCUAUGAAGAUUCCAUUUUAACUUUGCCCUCCACCGUAAAGGACAAGAUAUACUCUGUCCCUGCCAAGCCAAAUGCUUAUCUUUAAAGAUUGUCCUGUUCCAUGAUGAAUGUUCUUUUACCCAGAGAUAUAAAGAACUAAAAGAACAGGGAAAUUCUAGAGAAUUGGUAAAUUCCUAAGAAAAGAGAAGUGGGCGUUUCUGUGUCAAGGCCAGGACUAAAAAUAGCCACAGCCUAUUCAGUGUAUAAAAGAUCCAGAAAAAAUAAACUUGUGCUCUCAGUCUCUCUGGGAGCCCUCCUGACUCUA